CCGACCAGCCCGUCCCUCUCGCGUUCACCCUCGCACUCAACAUCGCGAGCGGGCUCAACGACGCCUCGUCCGCGGGCGCGCCCUCUUCUGGGGGAUACGCCGCGAAGACCUAGCACCCCGGGCUCGAAGGGACGAAACGCCGGCGCGAGCGGUGGGGGUGGUGGUGGGGGUGGUGUGUCGGGCAAUCAGAUCCUCCAAGCCUUGGCGAGCGGAGAAGGACAGGCAAGCAGCACCUCGACCCUAACAUGCUCGCUGCCCUUGUUCAGGCUUUUCAGCAGGCAGGCAAUACCGGUGCCAGCGGAGGCGGUGCAGGGAGGGAAGGCGGCCAACCCGGCACACCAGGGGGAGGGGGAGGUGCAGGAGGAGGGUACUUCAGCGCCGCACCAGCAGAGGCAGAAGGGGACGAUUCGGAUCGAUUUUCCCCCUUUCCUUUUACGUCGUCGUCUUCCCACAACAAUGGCAACAACAAGGCAAACACAGGCACGGCCGAGGACUCUCUCUCCCACGCGCAAGCGCAAGGAUGGGCCGGCUCAGGCUCCGGCUCCGGCUCAGGCUCAGGCUCAGCCUCGUCCUCGGGGGGCGCACAGCUGCACCACCAACUCGCGACGCAGGGUGGUACCCUGCAGCAGACGGAGCAGAGUGCCCAGAUGAUCCAGACGGCCAUUGAGCAGCUGAGCGCGGUGAUGCGACCAGUGGGUGCGGGUCAGCCUUCUUCUUCUUCCACGCAACCGCAGGGACAAACCAGUAUGGGCAAUCCGGCCCUCGCUCCAGGCGAUUGGGGACAAUUUGCCGGUGGCAGUGCUGGUGCGGGUCCUACUGCGGGUAAGGAUACGGACCUGAAUCUCAACUCAAAUCUCAACCUCAACCUCAACGAGGACGCCGAUGUGGAUAUGGAUGAGCUCCUCUCCCACUUUAUACACACCCCUGCGGGCACGGCGGGCGGCGGCGGUGGGAACGAGGACGAGAACGAGAAUCAGAACCAAGGGCCGAGCUUUGAGGAGGUGACGCCUGUUACUGGCAGCGGCAGCGCCAAUGGUGACGGUGAGGAUGAAGACGAGGCGGGGGGUAGCAAAGGAUCGUCACCCGGGAUGAAUCCCUCCGUAACGAAGAAGAAGGAAGGAGUCGCGAAUGCGAAGAAGGAGGAGAAGGGGAACGCCACCUCGGGAGGUACGGGUACGGGUACGGCAGCUGGGCGCAAGCGCAAGAGUCUGGAUGGGGAGGCAGAGGGUCAAAACAAGGGGAAAGGUGGUGGUGCGCUUAACAAGGCGCGAUUUGGUAGGACGAGGGUGGAAGAUGCGUAGUAAGUCAGAGUGGAGAGGCAAGAGGCCUUUUUCCCUUGCCGACUCUGUACCAGUGAAGAGAGUGAUUCA